AUGACGAUGAGUGCGCGCCACGUGCCGUUCGUGCUGGCCGCUCUGCUGUGCGGCGUGUGCGUGGCGGCUGUGAAUGAUUAUCAGGCAUCAAGGGAAGCUUUGCAGAAGGCUGAGGCUGUUAAAAAAUAUUUGGAACCGUACUACUCUAAAACUCAACUUGCGAAGGUCUCAGAUUAUACGUGGAGGUGGGUGCAGGGGGCGAUAGCAGAGAUGGUUGCAGCUGAUGAAGCUAAGGUUGCAGUGGAGGCCGCCAGAAGCGCAAUUAAUAACGUGAGAGGUGCAGCCUUACGUGCUGAAGAAGCAAAGAGAGCCGUGGAGGCGGUGGCUGUAAAGGUUACUGGUGCACUGAGUGUCAGUAAGAGGGCCAAGGUGCACGCUGCGGAGGUCAGGGCGCUGGCUGACGGGGCCGCUGCUACGGCUGCUGUGGCGAGGAAGCUGGCUGAAGGCGCGGCACAGCAGGCCGCUGGUGGAGUUAAAAUGGUUGAUCAAGCGGACGUCACGGAUGAGCUGCAGGGUGUGGCUGGAAGUACAGGUGCGCCGCACAGCAACGCGGCGGCGGCUCGAGGCCCGCGCGAGCAGGUGGUGGAGGCACGGAAGCAGGUGGCGGAGGCACGGAAGCAGGCGGCGGCAGCCAGUGGGGCCGCUAACCACGCANCGGCGCAGCUGGCCUCUGUGGCGAAGAGUGAGACCGAGCAGGUAGAGGCGAGGGUAAAGGCUGCAUUGGAGAACGCGGAGGCUGUGAAGCGGGAGGUGGACCUCAUCAAGAGCCGCAUGGAGACGGUAAAAAUACAAACAACGGAAACAAUUAAAACGGCUCUGCUUAUUGAUGGAUCGUCCGAUGUGUUUUUCCAGGAUCUUGAUGGCAAGUUGGAUACUCUGGUGGGAUACGAAGCCCAACGAAUUGCUGGGAUUGCAAAUAAAACGGCCGAGGAUGCAAAAAGAAAUAUCCCAAAAGAUGAGGAUGUUAACAACGCAAAGCCAAAAGCGGACUCCGCUGCAAAGACCGCUGACGCCGCACACAAAGAAAUGGAGCAGGUCCUCCUGAAACUCAGGGAAGCAGAGAGUGAUGUCGACGCUGCGACGCGGGAACUCGUCACUGCAAAGCAACACGUUAGUGCGGCAAACGCUGAAGCCGACGCGGCCGAAACUAUUGCCAAGGAAGCACUAGCGAUCACUGACAACAUCGCGAAGAAAGCAGCACCGGUGAGUCACACUACGGACACCGCGGUUAAAAAGGCUGAAGAGGAGGGGAAAAAGGUUUCCAAGCUGAAUAACGGCACAUCUGCGCUUCAGGACGGCAGCAGCAGCCCUGUGUGGGUGCGUGCACCGCUGACGCUGCUGCUGGUGGUGAUGGGGGCGCUGGCCUGUCUGGCUGCGUGCUGA